ACCAUGAAGAGACCCCCUCCUGGGACCCCAGCUCUCCUCUCCAGGUCUAUGAGGACUUUAUAGGACUGAGAAUCUCCAUCUGCAAAUGUAUCUGGACUUAUGGGAGACCCCGGCAGACAACACUGAGGACACAAGGAAGGUUCCUUCUGGAUAAAGACAUUUGUGGAAGUGUUUUGUCCUUACUGUGUAGAGAGAUCAUCCAAUGUGGCUGCCCCUCUGCCCCCUUGUGUGGUGCCCAUAAAGGGGGCCCCUGACCAGAAGAAGCACCAUGACCCUGGAGAGGAUCCUGCAGGCUGCUCGGCAGGGGGAUCUGGAGGCUCUGAGGACCCUCCAUGCAGAAGGAAAGUUGCAGCCGGAUCUGAAGGACCCUAUGGGGGCUUCCAUUGUCCACCACGCGGCUCGGGGAGGGAAAGUCGGGUGUCUGCGCUAUUUAGUGGAUGAGGUGCAAUUGGAAGGGAACUGCAGGGCCCGGAAUGGGGCGACACCAGCCCAUGAUGCGGCAGCUACAGGGAACCUGGUCUGUCUGCAAUGGCUGCUCACACAGGGCGGAUGUGACUUUGAGGACAAGGACAAUUCUGGUGCCACUAUUCUGCACUUAGCCGCCAGGUUCGGCCACCAUGAAAUAAUCGGAUGGUUGUUACGAUUUGGAACCAAUGACGCGAUGGUGACGACAGACACUGGAGCGCUUCCUGUACAUUACGCAGCGGCCAAAGGAGAUCUCCCCACAUUACAGCAUCUCAUCGAGUACUGUCCAAACGCUAUAAACUCUCAGACAAGGAACGGUGCCACACCCCUCUACUUAGCUUGUCAAGAAGGACACUUGGAGGUCAUUCAGUAUCUGGUCAAAGACUGUGGGGCCGACCCCCAUGUACGAGCCUCAGACGGGAUGACCCCAUUACACGCGGCCGCGCAGAUGGGUCACAGUACGGUCAUAGUUUGGUUGAUGAGUUUUACAGAUAUAAGUCUGUCUGAACGAGAUGCGGACGGUGCGACUGCCAUGCACUUUGCUGCCAGUAGAGGCCAUGCCAAGGUCCUAAGUUGGCUUCUUCUCCAUGGAGGGGACAUGAGCACUGAUAACUUUGGAGGGACCCCCCUACACGAUGCUGCAGAGAACGGGGAACUUGAGUGCUGUCAGAUCCUCGUUGUAAAUGGAGUUAAACUUGGGAUCAAAGACCAUGAUGGAUACACAGCUGCCGACCUGGCAGAAUAUAAUGGACACAUCCAUUGUGCGAAGUAUCUGAGGACGGUGGAAAAUAUGAGCGUGGAACACCGCGUGUUGUCCAGGGAUCCGUCGGCCGACAUGGAGCUGAAGCAGCCGGACUCGGGAAUGUCCUCACCGAACACCACCAUGUCCGCGCAGCAGGCCCACUUCGACAUCGGUUCGCCCUCCAGUACCCUGUCCAACUACGACUCCUGUAACUCCAGCCAAUCCAGUGUGGGGGAUAAGAAAUUACACGGGCACACGGGUCCAAGGCCUCCCGAAGCCGCCAUGACGGAUAUGCAGACCUACAUGGACAUGUUGAAUCCUGAGGUAGAUCCCAGUGGCAAUAAGAAAACGGAUCCAACCACCAACCCUCCGCCACCUCCUCCGGCCUUCCCGCCACCUCCUCCACCGCCCCCUGAUACUUCGCUCCCGCCACCCCCAUGUUAUCCUGCGCCAAGUCCUCCGGAGGGACAACACACAUCGGAGAUGUACGUACAGGCGAAGAACAACCUCCGACAUGUGGAGAGCGAGGUCCUAAAUGAAGAGCACUUGACGUCACGUGAAGGCAGUCCGGAGGGCCUACGAAGGGCUGACUCUUGCAGGAAGUCAAGGAACUUCAAUAAGAAGCCCAGCACCGGGGAUUACUAUAAGUACUUAGGGCAGAACACGCCGGAAGCUCCCACCGACCAUAGGAGGAUGGCACACAGUGAGGAGGGUUCUCUUCUCUCAAACGAAGGUGUGCACAAUGGUAACGCCUCCGACAAGAAGCACAUGGGGAAUAUACCACCCCCUCCGAUCCCCCCGCCUCUCCCGGAGAACCUGUGUUACCCACCGCCUCCACCUCCCCUACCAACAGAGGCGUCCGUCUCACACUCCAUGCAGCGGCGCUCCUCCAACUCUACAGGAAAAGUGACAGCUCUGAGGCAAAGAAAGAGCACCAAGUCAUUCAACAUGAUGUCCCCAACAGGAGACAACUCCGAGCUGCUGGCCGAAAUUAAAGCCGGAAAGAGUCUGAAGCCAACUCCGCAGAGCAAAGGUCUGACCACCAUCUUCUCAGGCAGUGGACAGCCAGGAUCAAAUUCAGAGGUUCCUUCUCCGUCUUCUCCUCCUCCAGCUUCUCCUGCUCUGUCCCCCGUGAACACGACCAAUCCCCCAAACAAGGCGGCGGCGAAGCCUUCGGAGCCUCUGAUGAAUGGAAACUCCACUCCUCCGGCCACGGGGCAGAGCAGCCAACUGGAUAUCGAGUCAUUGAUCCCGACACACGAUGAACAGGGACGACCUAUCCCAGAAUGGAAGCGACAGGUCAUGGUGCGAAAACUGCAGCUGAAAAUCCAGGAAGAGGAGGAGAAGAAGCGCACGUGUGAGGCCGGUAGUUACUACCACCCUGAAGGAUGGAGAUAUUCUCAUGCGCAUAAUGCAAUUUUGGGACCCUUUGGGGAACUCAUGACCGAAGAUGAUAUCAAUCGUAUAGAGAAGCAGAUUGAGAACCUUCAAGUGAUGCAUAAGGUGCAAAAAGUAGAAACUGAACUGGAGCAGCUGGAACAUGAACUUCAGCAACUUCUACCAGUGUCGGCAGCCUUAUCCCAAGAGCACUUCACCGUUAAUCCAAAGCAGAUGCAAGGCCGAGCUGAUGACCUUCCAGCCUGGUGUUCUAAGAUCUCCACCCUCUUGAAAAGCAUGGCCAUCCUCUUGGCAACUCUUGGUGGUAAAGAGGUUGAUCUUGAAGAUCUGGUGCCCAGAGACACCACGGAACGCCCUCAAAGUCCAACAAAAGAUGGCGGUGGGAAUAUUGGGAGAUCGCAGUCCUUCAGUUCUACCCGAGAGGAAGUAGAAAAGGAAAUUAAGCAGUUCGGUGUAUCUGUCAAAAACUUGAAGGCCAAUUAUGAAUUGUACACACGGCCUCAAAGUGACUAUAAUGCUUCCAAUAGAAUUUAUAAAAGGAAGAGAUCUUUACCAGUAGGUACAACGGCUUACGGAAGGGAACCCAUCCUGGAAGAAGACUACAUAACCAGCAAUGAGCAAUAUGGUAUCUUAAAUGACCAGUUAACAUAUCAUGAUGAAGAUGUCUUCCCAAGAGACAUAGACUCUACAAACCAGGGCAACAUGAUGGACGCGUUGGGAGAGCCAUUGUUCAGCGCAGACCACAUGACUAGAAGUCUACCUGUACAAACAGAACUGAGCUGUGUACAAGACUACAUAGACAUGAGAAAGGAGAGGAUUGUCUACCUUUUCCUUGAGCACUGGAAGAAGUGGACAUUUACGGAGUCAGACAAAAAUAGUACUCCUAAAAAGAAGUCGCCUGGUGGGUCCACUAAUAGUGAGUUUGAGAUUGAGAAGAGGAACGCAGAAAAUGAAGAGAAUAACGCCAAAAUGGCCAAAGGACAAAGUGAUGAUGACCGCCUGUUAUAUUUCAUGAAGCAGCGACAAGUUGUUGGGAAGUUGAUAAGUCACUGGAGAAGUAUCAUAUUCCAAGUCCCCACAAGGCAGAUUCGACGUCUGAGUAGAGCAAACAUGCUUUAUUGGCCAGAACACUUCUUACCGCACGUGAACGGGUCUCCGGUGGAAUACUCAAGCCUGACGUUGGAUCUCUUCAUGUUGGGUUACUUCCAGUUAUUAGAAAUGACUAUGUCACGAGAAGAGAGGAAGUUCCGUCACAUUCUGUGUUAUGAAAUGUUUGACCGUCUGGGUAGUCAUAGCUGGGAACUCAUCCGUAAAUUUCAUAAGGUCGUCAUGGAAGAGAUCGAAUCUGGGAAGAGGGAUUGGACUGAUGGAUUUGAGGACCUCAAGCAGCAGUUCUUUGGGGACAGUAUAGUGGGGGAUGUAGAUGGUGCAAAAGUACCAGAGCAGCUGGAGGAGCCUAUCAUCCGAAACACACCGGGUGACCAACCCAAGGUUAUCAUGGAACCCAAACCCAAGCAUAGCAUGGUAACCGCCGAUGAACUGACUCCCCUCCCCAAAUGUAGGAAAGACUCUAUUCAGCUAGUAUCAGAACUGGGGGAAUUCACCAACGAUGACAUUUGUCGCUAUAUCGAUCGCAGUUUUUCAUUUUGGAAAGAAAAAGAAGCAGAAUUGUUUGACAUAUGAGGUCACAGCAAUCGCUUAUUCCAGUACGUAACCGGCUGAUGGUAAAUAACACUUUACCAGGAUAAACAUGGCAACAAAAGGGCUGCCGCCUGGAUGACGAGUGAAUCCAUAUGGAACAACUGAACUGACAUAGCAGCAGGAACAGGAAGAAGCCGCACGACUAUCUACAAUGCCGGCAUGGCGGAGGGAGAUCCUGAGGAAGAAGAUGGAGGAGGAGAA